AUGACGUCCCCUGACCCUUUCAAAGCGGCUCUGAUCGUGGUUGACUUUCAGGAGGACUUUUGUCCGCCGAACGGCAGCCUCGCAGUCACCGAAGGCCGCGACAUCGCACCCGCCAUCAACACCCUACUUACCCUCCCCUUCGCCCUCAAGAUCGCUACCAAGGACUGGCACCCGCAGCACCACGUCUCCUUCGCCGCCAACCACGCCGACGCCACACCCUACACCUCGUCGCACACCAUAGCGCACCCGUCCGACCCGACGCGCACCUACACCACCACGCUGUGGCCUGUCCACUGCGUCCAGGACUCGCCCGGCGCCAAGCUCGUGCCGGAGCUGGACGUCACGGCCUUGGACAUGGUGGUUGAGAAGGGCAUGGAUCACAGAGUGGAGAUGUACUCGGCAUUCUACGACCCUUUUCGUGUCAGUGAUAGCGGGCUUGCAAAGACGCUCAAGGAUGCGGGUGUCACGGAUGUCUUUGUCGUGGGCCUGGCGAGUGACUUUUGCGUCAAGGCAACGGCUGAGCAUGCUAUCGAGGAAGGAUACCGCACUUUCAUCGUCACUGAGGGAACACGACCCGUAUUGCCCGACAAGUGGGACGAGUGUAAGAGCGAGAUGGAAGCCAAGGGCAUCAACUUCAUAUCCAUUGAUGGAGAUCAGGUGGCGCGACUCAAGUCUACGUCUUGA